UGUACCUAUUGAACACUAGCCUACGUGCUUGGUAUACAAUUUUCAAUUAUUCAGCGCCUCUGACUCCGACUCUGAGGGUCACUUCGAAAAGUGUCUCUUUCUUCCUUCGCUUUCAUCAGCGAUCACUGCACUCUUGGAUGGCGCCCUCUAAGCUUUUACUCUUCUCCGUAUUCUUAGCCCUAUCGUUCACCGGAAUUACGGCGUACCCACCCCCUCCAGACGACGGCGCUUCUGAUUCUGCUCAGGAGGUUGCAGAUUCGUCUCUGGCACUCCAACUUCAGCAACUCAAGUCCAGAGUUUCACUUCUAGAAUCAAGCAUUGAUGACAAAAACUGUGAGCUGAGAAAAAAGGAUGAAAGUAUUAAACUGAUGGAGAAGGUUAUUCAAGAGAAAUCAAAUAGCAUUGCUUUGUUACAAAGUGCUAUAGAGUCUGUCCAGGGAAGUGAACCUUUAGAUGUUGUUGAGCUUGGAGAUAAACCACAUGUGCAGGCUGGUGGGCUUGAGAAGCAGGUUAAAAGACUUAGAGAGGACAUUGCUGUGCAAAAUAAGAAAAGAGAUGAACUGGAAGCCCAAGCAAGUGUAGCUGAGCAGAAAAUUCAGGAACUGAGUAUAAAAUUAGAAAAUCUUCAAAAGGUAAAUGAUGAACAGAAGACUGGAAUUCAGAAAACUGAACAUGAUCUUCAAGUUGCAGAGGAAGAAAUAGUGAAGGAGAAGUUUGGGAUUUCUUCAAUAUCUGAAGAUUUGACUGAGACGUACAUUGUGACUUACUGGAACGAGCUUGGAAGACCAGCCUUCAAUCUGGGAAUUGAAAAGGCCUUAAAAAUGAAAGCUCGUGGUGAGGGUUGGACUGAGAUCAUCGUCGAAAGAAUCAGAACAAACUGGAUCCCAAGGUUGAAGAAACAGUCUCUGGAAUUUAAAGCCUAUCUUGAACCAAACAUUCGAUUAGUCACUGCAAAAAUUGUUGAUGUAUAUCGGUCAUCAAAGAGUUCUAUAGGAACCCUUGUUUUGAAGGCACAAAAUAUGGCAGAUCCUUACAUUCAGGAAGCUAAGAAAUAUACCGAGCCAUACAUUGAUCGGGUUGCUAUGGUGACUAAACCACAUUUAGAUAAAUUACAUAUUGCCUUGAAGCCGUAUACCAAAAAAGUACUAAAUGCAUAUAGAAAAGUCAUCACCACUACAACAUUUUUGCAUCAUGAGGUCAAAGAAAUUCUAAAAAAUAAUGAGUUGACGCAACCUGUUGCAAGUAUGGAACUGGCAUGGUUUGCGGCUACUGCAUUACUUGCCCUGCCUGCAGUAUUUCUGUUUAAGUUGUAUUCGGCUACUUUAGGGUUUCAAUUAUGCAGAAAAAAGACAAAAAAGCGUAGUCAUAGUUCCUAUGCGAACCACACACGGCGUAGGCUGAAGCGUGCCCAUCGUGCAAGUACAUGAGAUGGUAGAAAGUUUCCCGUUUAUCUCAAAAUCAAAGUUUCGUUGAAGUCGAGUGUCUUUCAUCACUAGAAUCAGAUAUGCUACAUUAGAAAUCAUUACAGCAAAUGAGGUUUAUGGAAUACAUAGUUUUUCUCUUUUCUAUGAAUACAUAUUAUUUUUCCAUUGCAGAUAGGUAAUAAACCUUUAUUUGAUAGGUUUUUUGGUUAAUUUAUUGUGUCAUCUAUGAGAUUUUAUGAUAAUUUGUUGAGAAUGAACAGCAAGUUUAAAUCUCAACACCCGAAAAGUACGGGAAUGUUUUUUUACAAA